CUCAGCAUUGUCUUCCUCAUUCUGGUUUACGAGCUGUUUAUCAUGGACAAGGUGAGUCCUGACUUUUUACCUUUUCAGUUCCUAAGCCAAAGCAUAAACUGGAGAAAAUCACCGGUUGUGUCCCCUGAAACAAACGUGUCUCUGCCGACGGCAAACUUCUUUCUGGACAACACUACGGUCUUUGCGACGCUCAACGUUGUCCCGCACAACAACUUCAACAUCCUGACUGCACUGACCAGUACAUCGUCGUCCACCGGUCAUCCUGUCACGACUCCUACUAAAGGUCACGUGUCGCACAGCUCCUACACCUUCCCAGGUGGCACAAAUAAAACUGGAGUCACUGUACCGUCGGACCCGCUCAUCGCAACCAAAGUGUUGUGUAUCAGUUUUGAAGGCCGACUAGGAAAUCAACUCUUUCAGUACGCAUCCCUUUUGGGCAUAGCUCUAAAGACUAAGCGGAUACCUGUUUACCUGGGGAAGACUAUUCUGUCGGAUGUGUUGAGAAACACUUCUCUGAUUGACGAGUCUUCCCGCUACGCAGAUCGGUGUAAGGACGUCUUUCUAAUGGAAGAAGGUUGUUGUAAGUUUUUCACGGAAUAUUUCAAGCUGAAUUCUAGUAGAGAUUACAGGAUCGGUGAGUAUCUUCAGUCCUGGCGAUAUUUCAACGAACACGAAGUGGAAGUACGUCACGCGUUAACUUUCAAGGACACGAUUGUGUCCCAAGCUCGUCAAACGGUCGACUCCCUCAGACAGAAAUUUAAUCGCACGCUGACAGGUAUCCAUGUACGCAGAGGAGACUAUUUAACUUAUGGAUACAAGACAGCACCUGUAGAAUACCUGUUGCACGCCAUGAACUACGUCCGAAAAAAGUUCCGAGACGUCGUUUUUGUCGUUUCUUCAGAUGACCUCGAAUGGUGUCGGCAGCAGUUAGCUAACGAAAGUGACGUCACAUUGCUGCAGCGUCAGUCAUCGCCUGCAGUUGACAUGAUGAUUCUUGCGUCACUGGAUCACAUGAUCAUGACGGUGGGGUCUUACGGGUGGUGGGCGAGUUUUCUGAACCGCGGGAUUACCGUCUACUACCGAGACUUUGUUGAUCCGGAUACAUAUCUAUCAACACGCUUCAACCCAAACGGAACGGACUACUACCGUCCGGACUGGAUUUCCUUGUCCUGACUUUAAUCAGAGAUUACAACGGUUAACGUUUUACUGACAAUUAUAUUUUAUUCUCAUACUGUUCUUGUUAUUUUGUUAUUGUUAUAUUAUCUUUAGUCUGUUCAUUUUACACUAUCAAGUAAAUCAUGUAUAGUAACACUACAAUGUCCAAACAGAAGCAAAAAUCUAAAUGUGCCCGAAACCUGGUAAGUUUAAAAUAAAUCCAUUUGAAGACAAUUGUUUUGAGUAUGUACGCUGUACUAGCGCGUAAAUAAAACAUAAAAGAUAGUUAUUUUAGUCUAAUUGUUAAAAAUAUUUGAGAUGUUAGCAAAAUGUAUUUUA